AUGGCUCGGCAACAGCAUGAGAUGGCGGAAAUCGUGCACAGUAUGAUUGUCACUCUUGCUCGUCGAAAUAAUCUAUUAACAGAAAGUUUCCGACCGGAGAGUGGAUCCCGACAAUCCCUUGAGAUGAAAUGGAAGGACUGGGCCCAAAGAGAAUCCAUCAUUAGAAUCGCAUAUACGAUCUUCUCGAAUGAUGUUCAAUAUAGCGUGUUCUUCUCACAUCACGCUUUACUCUCCGUGGGGAUGAUGAAACUCCCGCUCCCAAGUCCCUCGGCUGUGUGGGAAGCACGUACAGCAGCGGAAUGGGAGACACAGCUGCGACAGAUAAAGAAGUCAACGAGAUCUCGUUAUUACAGCCUUGAUUCGGCUGUAGAAUCAGUCAUGUCAAUGAGAGAUCCGGACCAUAAGCGAGAAUUUAUGCAGUGCUUCAAUGUUUCGAACCCGCUCUCAAUACAUCUCCUCAUCCAUGGGAUUGCCGCAGCAAUAAGCGACUCUAAAUAUCGUUCUGUUGCCUCUUCGAUGACGUCCGCGACUGAAAGCCUGAAAGUGGCUGAUUUUGACGAAGCAUUGCGACACUGGCGAUCCUGUUUCGACAAACUCCCCGAAUCCGAUAGAAAAUCUAGGGUGUCGUGGUGCGCUCAAGUUAUGUAUCAUUUCUCUGCGGUCCUUCUUCGCAAUAAUCUGUCGGACAUCCAGAUGGCCGCAGGAAGCGCUUACUCCUCAGGUCGCGCCGUUACCCCCCAAUGCGCGCAAGCCGCAUACUCUCGGCUCGUAUCGACCGAUCCCGUGAGCCACGAUUCGUACCUUCAUGGAGUGGAAGUAGUCAGCCUGUGUCUACAAGAACCCGACAGCCAAACCUCCCUGAACACUGGCACCAUAGGUUUUCCGACAACGGAAACUCGGCCGCUAUGGCAGACUUAUGGCGCCUUUCUCGGUUUGCUUGUCCUUUGGGCGCGCACAUUAGGUUUGGAACGAGAGGACGGCGAGAAAAAAGGGCCAGCUAGCGCGUCUACGAUUCUAUCGUCAAAUUCAAUCCCGGCAGUCGCGGCGACUACGUUGAAUAAUAUGUAUCAACGGGAGUUGGCGCGUGCGGAAUCUUCGCGGGAUGAUGGGAGGAUGUUGAAAACCGAGUUACGCCAGUUGAUUGCGAUUGUGUGUGAUCGCCUAACGGCGCGGCCGUGGGAGAUAUGUAAGCAUGCCUUUACCCGCCCCUUAUCUACAUUGUUCUAUCAACUAGAGUAG